UACAGCAUAGCCCCGUACUACACCUCCUAUAGACGGAGCAGCGACCCACCGCCAGCGGCAUUCCCAGCCAGUGCAGGUGUCACGUCACAGGGGCAGAGGCAGCGGACAGCGCCGCGCAGCGCCGACACGGGGGACUGCAGGCAGCUGUCAAUCACGCAGUCCAGCAGCAGCAGCAGCAGCGAGCGCCCGGGGAGGACAGACAUUGUCUAGGCAUGGCCUUCCCUGUUGAUAUCUUGGAUAAUUACAGCCAUGAUGAACUGGAGAAUUUGUCGGAAGAUUAUUUGUCAUACCUAAGGUGUGCUGAUCCUGAUAUCCCGGAGUACUUCAGCCUGCGAGAUGGACGCGAGGUGCUAAUCAGUCUCUCUACAGUAGGGUAUGUACCGCUCUAUGGAGGUGAUCAGGCACAAAAAGUACUGGCUCUGUUUGCACCUGAAGAUGCUCUGACAGCUGUGGCUCUGUAUCUUGGUCAUCAGUGGUGGACAGUUGAUGAUACAGCGAGGACUUCCAAAUCAUCUCGGGAUGGCCUGCAGCAGGUCCGGACCCUUGGAGAAAGAAUAGUUCUUUAUGUGCUAAACCGAAUUAUUUAUAGAAAAAAAGAGAUGGAGAGAGACGAGGUCCCCUUUCUCUGUCACAGCAGCUCUGAUUAUGCCAAGAUUCUAUGGAGAGAAGGAGAAGCCAUUGGAUUUUAUUCUGUCAAGCCUGCAGGAAGUAUAUGUCCCAUGUAUCUAACCCAAAGUUACACACUUCCGGUACUUGACACCAUGUUUGUUAGGAAGAAAUUUCAAUGUGAAGAUUUUGCUUUGCAAAUGUUGGAGGAUUAUGUGGACUCCUUCACAGAAGAAACGCUUGGUCUAAGGUAUCCUCUGUCACCCAGGAUGCAUGCAGCCUGCAAGAAAUAUUUACAUAAGUACCCAGGAGAUCAAGAGCUGCUGUGGGAAGUGGAAGGUGUAGGUCACUGGUUCCAAAGAACCCUUAUUUCUCAUAUACUCAACAGAGAAACCGCAAGAUUGUCGGUCCCAGAUCCAGAACCUGACAAACAAGAGCGGAUCUCUCAGUGCACAGAAAAGCGUUCAUCGGAGCCUCCUGCAGAAUCCCAGCCUCAUAAUUCCGAACAAACAAAUCCUGAACAGGCAGAAACUGAACAAACGGAAGAUAGUAAGGAAACACAGCCAGAAACAGAGGAAGAGGAAAAUAUUCAAAAUGAUGAUGCCAUUUCCUCUAAGGAAUCUGAAGAGACUCCCGUCUCUACUCGCACUAGAAGCAGCCAUCUGAAACGGCCAAAGAUUGGAAAGAAAGUAGAAGAUGCUGAACCAGAACGAGUGACUGAAGAUACCAGGAUUGAUAGCUCACCUUACAAAAUGGAGUCUAAAGAGCAGAUAGUGGAGAAUUUUAAGGAGCUGAUCCAGCAGCUCGCAGAAGACAAGGACGAGACUGACAUGACCAAACUUCAGGAAGAGAUCUCAGCUAAACCUGUGCAACAAGUGUUACAUGACAGUCAAGAUGUACUGAGAGGACCGGAGGAGAAUGCUGAAAAUAAAGAGGAGGUUGAUCUGGAACCUGUGAAUGGCGAUAUCACAAAGGACGUUUAUGAGCCUCAGCUUGUAAAUGCACAUGAAAUAGCAACAGAAGCUUUGGAUACGGAGUCCAAUUUAGAACCUGGUGAUAGCGAUGGAAAAUCUCUCACUACUCUGGUUUCGGUCAACAUGGACUUGGAAAAAUCAUUUGAAGACUCCUUUCCAGACCAGGUCCUAAAUCCAGAAGAUCUGGAGACUACAACACAGGAAAAUGUAAUAACUGUGGUAGAACAGACAGAAAUACAAGAAGAGGAAUUCAAAGAGCGAAUGGUAGAGAAACCAAGUGAAUCAUGUGUAGCAGGAACAAAUGAGGACUUGGCAGGCAAUGGUUUACCUGGAUACACAGAAAGUAAUUCUGCAGAAGAGUGUGCUACAUCAGAUGAUGCUGUGACCCUAGAGACUGCCUCUAUAGAAGAAACAACAAUCAAUGUCACAGCAGAUACUCUUCUCCGACAAGGCCCUCUGCUUGUGGUGGAACUACAGGAUGUGGCUUUCCAGCAGCAGUCUGAUGGACAGAGAAGUCUUUCUGGAGACCAGUCUGAAGGGUCUGUGGAGACAGAUCAGUCUGUGCGGAAAUCUGCGGAGAGAGGUGGGGAUAGCAGCUCAGAGGAAAUGGAAACAGAGAUUCCUGUUAUAGACAGAAGAGGAGGAGUACGCAGGAAGGGCAGGGCAUACAAAGGACCUGCUAAAAGAAGAGCCAAGCUGUCAGCUUAAGUGACGGCAGCCUAUAACCUUCAUGUUAACCACACAGUAUUUGUAAAUCAGGAUAAAUUAGCAUUUUUUUAAAGUUCUAUAAGGUUGUGCAACAUAGAUUUCAGACAUUUGUAACUGUUCAAUUUUAAAGUUUUCUGGUUGGUGUUACUUUUUUCUAUUUGUGUUUUUUGUGUGUUUUACUGAGUUUAACAACUUUUCUUACUUCCUACACAUACAUACUGUAGAGUCUGUUAACAUAGAAAAAAACACAAAUGUUAUUUCACGCAGGUCUGGAAGAAAUAUUCAUGGAAAAGUUUUGAAGUUUUAAGAACAAGUAAAGCCGCUUUUGGUUAUA